UGGCAUGCACGGGGCGGCCUCUCGUACGUAUCGUGACACCAGUUAAAAAUCUCGCCAAUACUUUGCGCACGUGUGCAAUCGGGUCGACACUUUUUAGUCAUGGCAGAUGCGUUCGGAGGGGAUCUUUUUGCUGUUUUCGAGGAACGUGAUGAUCAAAGCACGAAAAAACGGAAACACAACCCAGCAUCUAAUGAUCCUGAAUCGAGCACUUCAGAUAGUUCUAAGCACCCUCGAGGAGAUGAUCAUGAGGUGCCAGAGUACACAACAGGAAAGAAGCCCAAACUUGCCCUCACAGCAGAUGAACUCAAUCUUGCAGAAAUCCUACCACAGGUGAAGUCUCAGACAGUAGAAUCCAUUGAAGGCUGUACCCAUGAGGUGGCAAUACCACAUGAUGAGGAGUAUGUACCACUCAAACCCUCAGGGAAUAAAGCAGCCAAGGAGUAUCCAUUUAUCCUGGAUCCCUUCCAGAAAGAAGCGCUGAAAUGUCUUGAGAAUACCCAGUCAGUCUUGGUAUCUGCUCACACAUCUGCAGGGAAGACUGUGGUGGCUGAGUAUGCCAUUGCAAUGUCACUGCGUGACAAACAACGUGUUAUCUACACCACCCCAAUCAAGGCACUCAGCAAUCAGAAAUAUCGUGAGAUGUAUGAGGAAUUCCAAGAUGUAGGAUUGAUGACGGGUGAUGUGACCAUCAAUCCUACAGCAAGCUGUCUCAUCAUGACUACCGAGAUUUUACGGAGCAUGCUGUAUCGUGGCUCGGAGAUUAUGAAAGAAGUUGCAUGGGUUAUAUUUGAUGAAAUACACUACAUGCGAGACAAAAACAGAGGUGUAGUGUGGGAAGAGACUAUCAUUCUUCUACCAGACAAUGUUCACUAUGUGUUCCUAUCAGCCACAAUACCCAACGCUAGACAGUUUGCAGAAUGGAUCUGUCACCUACAUAAACAGCCUUGCCAUGUAGUGUACACUGAGUACCGACCUGUUCCUUUACAGCAUUAUAUCUUCCCAGCUGGUGGGGACGGACUACAUCUUGUAGUGGAUGAAAAAGGAGAGUUUCGUCAGGAUAACUUUGGGGCAGCAAUGUCUGUCUUGAGGGAUUCUGGUGAUGCAGCUAAGGGAGACUCAAUGAACAGAGGAAGAAAAGGAGGAACUAAAGGUCCCUCCAAUAUCUUCAAGAUAGUCAAGAUGAUCAUGGAGCGCAUGUUUCAGCCUGUGAUCGUCUUCAGCUUCAGUAAGAAGGAAUGUGAGGCUUAUGCUUUGCAGAUGUCUAAACUAGACUUCAACAGCUCACCUGAAGAGAAAGCCAUGGUGACUGAAGUCUUCAAUAAUGCGAUUGAUUGCCUGUCAGAUGAUGAUAAGAAAUUACCACAGGUGGAGAAUGUUCUUCCCCUAUUGAAGCGAGGUAUUGGCAUCCAUCAUUCAGGCCUUCUGCCAAUCCUCAAGGAGACCAUUGAGAUUCUCUUCUCAGAGGGUUUGAUCAAGGCAUUGUUUGCUACAGAGACCUUUGCUAUGGGACUCAAUAUGCCUGCCCGCACUGUGGUAUUCACCAACGCACGCAAGUUUGAUGGCAAGGAUUUCAGAUGGAUUUCAUCUGGGGAGUAUAUUCAGAUGAGUGGCCGAGCUGGCAGACGAGGCUUAGAUGACAAAGGUAUCGUCAUCUUGAUGAUUGAUGAGAAGAUGAGUCCUGGAGUAGGCAAGAACAUCCUGCAGGGCCAGCCAGAUGCACUCAACAGUGCCUUUCAUUUGACAUACAACAUGGUUCUCAACCUACUGCGAGUGGAGGGUAUCAACCCUGAAUACAUGCUGGAGAGAUCAUUCUAUCAGUUCCAGAACUACUCUGUCAUCCCAGAACUCUUUGAAAAAUUGAAGAGAUUGGAGAAUGAGUACAACCAGAUGGAGAUCCCUCAAGAAGAGAGUGUGGAGGCAUACUAUAAGAUAAGACAACAACUCAACAAGUUGGGUCAAGAGAUCAAGGCAUUCAUUACCAAGCCUAAGUACGCCUUGCCAUUCCUGCAACCUGGACGGCUGGUCAAGGUCAAGAAUGAAGAUGAUGACUUUGGAUGGGGCGUAGUCAUUAACUUCAGGAAGAAGGCAAACCAAAAGAUGAACACGCCAAGGGAUGACCCGCUCUACAUUGCAGAAAUCCUGCUGAAUUGUUCCAAAGAGAGCAUUAAGAAUGCUGUGACUGAAUCUGCCAAGCCUCCAAAGACAGGAGAAAAAGGAGAAAUGGCUGUUGUUCCAGUAUUGCUUAAUUUAAUCACACAUCUGAGUAGUGUGCGGUUAUACUUACCCAAGGAUCUCAGACCACUUGAUAACAGGCAGAGUGUGGGCAAGUCAAUCCAGGAGGUUCAAAGAAGGUUCCCAGACAGUCUGCCCUUGCUAGACCCAAUCGAAGACAUGGGUAUUAAAGAUGAAAAUCUCAGGAGAGUUGUAGAGAAAGUGGAGGCAUUUGAGGAGAGAAUGUACAGUCAUCCAUUGCAUAAAAGCCCUGAUCUCCAGAAACUUUACAGCCAGUAUGAACAGAAAGCAAAGAUUGCGUCGGAGGUCAAAGCUGCUAAGCGUGAGCUGAAACGAGCUAAGACUGUGAUUCAAUUGGAGGAAUUGAAGUGUAGGAAGCGAGUCAUACGUAGAUUGGGCUAUGCUACAGUAGCUGAUGUCAUAGAGAUGAAAGGAAGAGUAGCAUGUGAAAUCAGCAGCGCUGAUGAACUACUUCUGACUGAACUCAUCUUCAAUGGUGUCUUCAAUAGCCUGAAACCUGAGCAGAUUGUAGCACUCCUGAGCUGUUUUGUAUUUGAGGAGAAGUCCAAGGAGACACCCAGGCUAUCUGAGCAACUGUCAGGCCCACUCAGGCAAAUGCAGGACUCAGCUCGUAGAAUAGCCAAAGUCAGUAGUGAGGCCAAGCUAGCUGUUGAGGAGGAAGACUACGUGGAAUCCUUCAAGCCACAGAUGAUGGAUGUUGUCUUUGCUUGGGCUAAUGGUUCAACAUUUGCAGAAAUUUGCAAGAUGACUGAUGUUUUUGAAGGCAGUAUCAUCCGCUGCAUGAGAAGACUAGAAGAGCUGAUGAGGGAAAUGUGCCAUGCUGCCAAGGCCAUUGGAAACACGGAGCUGGAAAACAAGUUUGCUGCGGGUAUUGUCAAGAUCAAGAGGGACAUCAUAUUUGCUGCCAGCCUCUACCUGUAAGAUGAUUUGAACUUUGACCUCUGAUCUUCACUCUACAAUUCACCAGCAGACUUAUCUGGCUGACUUUGGCAAACUGCUGCAUUGCUGGUAUCUACUGUUUGUGCCAAAACAUUUGCAAUAUCCUGGUUUAAAGAUGUGUAGAAAGAUGCCACAUGUGUGUACUAGGUGUGUGUGCAAGAACACUGGAGAGAUGGCCUGGAGAGGAGACUAACUACUAUGUAUGUGCUAUUGGACCUAGCAGCAAGAGACAUGGUUUGCAUUUAGACUGGAUGUCAUUUCACAUCAAGCAUUUGGUGCAGUCUUCAACAUUAACAUCACAUGAAUGACAGUGACUAGUCUAGGAGAAUUUAUGUACACAACUUGUCUAAAAAUGAAAGAACAAUCAAAGUAACAAUCUAUAAUGCGAGCACAAAUUUCAAAGAGUCAAAUUGUAAUUUCCGAAAGAAAUGGCUUCACCAAUGCAGUGUGUCUUUAUUUGGAAGAAUGUAAAGGGAUAUUCAGACUUAUUUGAUAGAUCUUCUUUGUAACUGCUAUCUUUGAAAGUGUUUGGUGCAGUGACAAUGAUGCACAAAAGGUCUUUUCAUGCCUUUCCCAUUAAAACAAAAGCAAUUCUCCCUUGUGUCAAAAGUCUGUGGGAUGAGGGUCCCCCCCCCAAAAAAAAGACUGUUUCCUGAAUCCAAAUGAAUACAUAGAAAGGGAUUACAUUAUUAGUUAUCCAGCUAAAAUGUAGAAUAAUGUAGUGCGUCUGUGUCCCACACUGGGGGACACAGACGCACUACAUGUUCCACGAGCGUGAGUGGGAUAACAAAUUAUCUUCAAUCAAACUUGACACAAAAUUAGUAAAGAUGGAAUAUGCACCGUGGGCUGUACAACGUGCGUGCAGCAGGAAUGGCACGGGCAUCUUGGAAUAGCGCGAUAUACGGAGUGCGGUAUCGACCGUGCUACAUGGGAUAAUGUAGCCAGUUUGUUUCCAUGGAUUGACCAAUCAGCAUCGUGGAUUCAAGUUUGCUUGAAGACAAUGUCAUCAUAUCCUGUCAUUGUGGUUUCCUUGUAACUUUUCCUUUUUAAGAUACAAUUAUUUUUUUAUGGUUUUAAAGUUAUUUGUGAGUUUUGAAUGUAGAGCUAUAUAAAAUUGCUAGAGCGCUCACUAACUUGCAGUAUGCACUAUGCAGUGAUGCUUGCUGGAUGCAUCCACGUUUGUGCACAAACCUAUGGGAUAGUUGUAUGGCUGUUAAGUAGCAAUUUGUAUCUGCAUUUGUAUCCUCUAGAGGUGCAUCUAAAAGCACAUGAGUGUUUCCUUUUGGGUUGUGGAAAUAACGAACACAUGUGCGUAUGCACUUCUGAUGUUUUGUUUGAUCAUACUAGUGGACAAUGCCCCUAUGCUGGCUGGGUUUGUUGCACUCGUGCACUUGAGCAUAUCAUGUGAAGUUCCUUUCCAUUUCAAUAUAUUCUACGCACAUGCACAUGAAUUCAACAUGUGUUCUGCACAAGGAAAGUAGGAGUUAGCUCUUAAGUAAUUCUAUAUAUAGCCCUAUAUGUGAACCGACCUUGCUGUUUCAGACACCAUCAUUUUUCAGUUCAGAGGAGAAGUAAGGAAUGAGGAUAUUUGUGAUAUUUCAUGUGUCCAACGUAUGUUUAAUUUGUAGAUAUUGGUUUACAGUGUGUGUCUAUUUUAUCACCACCCUCUAGGUGCCCAGUGCAUACUGCUUUUAGCAGAAACAUCCUGUGAAUAAAUUCACACUUUUGAAAGCAAAAAAGUCUGUUGCAAGUGUAUAACCAUUUUUACUGGGACAUUUUCAUUUCUAGACCGUCACACUUGAUACAUUGGCUACUGUGUUCAUGUGAUGCCAACUUUCACUGGAUAAAAUCAAAUACAAAUCAAGCUGUAUUCUACAUUGAAUGUGUAUCACAUACUAUGACUUCAAAUCUGGGUGGGUAUAUUUUGAAGAUACAAUGUGGGGGAUGAGGAAAAACAUGUGGCUUUUACUCAUCUCGGUGUGAUAGCAAUGAAAAUUGAAACUUUGAAUGUUGAUCUUUAUAAAUGUCCCAUUUACAUGCACCCCACUAAAAAAAAUGGAGCAAUUCUGUAGCCUUGACAGAGAAACAAAAUGCACAAGGAGGUAAUGAUCUUAUGCACUCUUAACAAAUGAAAGCUUCACAACUUGAACAGAAUAUAUUCUUGCCUUCAAGCUAAAUAGGGUUCAUAUUCCAGGGCUGUGCAAAUACUGGUCCUUGUCAAAGAUUUCAAAUUACAUUGUACAAUGUACACGUACAUGUAUUUUUCUCGCCUCCAUUUUGACGAGCUGAACAAUUUAUGAAUGUAAAUACUUCAAUUUCCAUACAUAAAAUAAAAAUCAACAAAUUUUAAAAAAAAUGUAGUCGAAGAAUGCACACAGAUGGAUUCACUUCACAAGUCAAAAACGUUAAUUUUUUUCUUCAAUAUUUUGGAUAAUAAUACUUGAAUACAAAUGUUACAAAAUUAUAUGAAAGUAUGAAAUUCUGUACAUGAAAGAAUAUAUGUUUGGUUCUUUUAAUAUAAAUAACUACAUUUACCUAGAAGUGCAAGGUUAAGUUAAAUAAAUAUUUAUCAGAAAUGGUGGAUUUAUUGAACAACUUUGCUCGUGGAUUUUGCUUUCAGCCAAUAUGGCUGUCAAUAAUGGUCCAAAUACUUGACUAAAUGUCGUUUAUAACAAUUCAAAAUGUAUUUCAUAUUCUUGGUAAGAAUUAAAGAGAAAACGUCAUAACAUCACAAUCACACAUAAUCAGCCUUUGUACAUUCAGCAGAGCAGUAAUUUCAGCUUAUGUGCAAUGGUGUAAAUACAUCAAACAAUGAACAAAAAUAUCAAAUAAACAAUGGAAAACCAGAAUAGGUUUCCUUUAUAAAUCUGUAAGCUUAAACGAAGAAAACAACUGUUGUAGGAUUUGAACCCAUGACCUAAGGACCACCAUACUGGUGCUCUACCGACUGAACUAUCAGCCCUUUGGCAGUCUCCCAAGUUGUCAGUGU